CCGGCAUUUAGCCGGUCCACCUACACUUAAUGCAGCUUGAGGGCCAUAUGCAUUCAACCACACAAGGUUUUUGCCAAUAACACGGACUCUUGAGUGAGAUACACCAUGAUCACUCUAAGUUUUGUACUAUCAUCAUCUUGUGUGUGAACACUUUGAAAUGUAGUCGCCCUGGAUAAUACUACCUAUCGUUAGAUUGCACGUCAUGGUCUCAUAAAUACCAUCAAGAGACAAGAUGAUCCAAGGCAUAUUUUACGCCAGGUUCCUGCCACAGGAAGGAACCAAAAUCGUAGCGCAAUCGCCUCCAGGAUGUAUCGUGGCCACCACCUAUGCGCCACAUCUGAAGCCUCCAUUGGUGGACUUUGACAUAAUUCAGGAGUAUAUCAUCCCUCGCAAAGCCUUCUUCAAUCGAUUCAUGACGGUAAACUCUCCGGAUAAUAAAUACAGCAUCCUUGGAUUUCCUGUAUCAAUCCCGAAUGAGAGAUAUCAUAGAAAUGAAUUCAUCUUCAAUUUCGGGCUAGUAGUGGAAUCAGAUGCCGAUCAAAUUCCCUAUGAGCGCCUCGUUAGGCGACUAGCUGUGACCUUCGCUGAGAUGGAACGCCAGCACGACUAUUUAAGCUCUGAAGGGUGCGUUGAUGACGGGAGGCGCCCGAUAGAGAGCUUGCUAGAAAUUGUAAAGGAGGACCUGAACAAUUACGGCGAAUGCAUGAUCCCCGUUGACGAUGCCAACACCCUCAACAUGAAGCUUUUCCCCUAUCACCCUCCACCUGCCCCUGUUCGUGGAUGGCACGUUCCCGUCGCAAAGAUGAAGCUCGCCGAAAUUGUCGACCCGACGUGGGACCUUACUCUACAAAAGAUUAUCCCCCAUAUAGACGGUGUUAACGAUGUGCGUCGCAUCGCAUGGCUAGCCGAUGUGUCGCUGCCAUUGACACAGAUUGCGCUGCAGCAUCUCCUAUACUAUGACACAAUUCUUCUACUGGACAUGUUCUUCUUCGGAAGCUGCUACGCGCCUAGGCCAGGUGUACACGAUUUCAUCGUCAACCGAGACGGAGUUGUCGAUGAGUGUGCGGGUUAUGUUUGCGUUAGUAGCCACGUGCCUGGCAGUAGCAGCGAUCCGCCCACUGCCGGCGCUUCUGGAAAUACUACCAAGGACCCAAUCAUUGAAAAUAGCACCGAACAGCAAGAGCAACAACAGCAGAACUUGUCCAAUUACCAACUCAUCAAAUUGAUGACCACUUUUUGUGCCGGGCGUAGCGUCAUGGAGUGGAUCAAACUACACCAGGACGCCGGCUUCGACGUUCUCCGGCACGUGGAUGUGCGGCGCCUCGUGCAAUUCGGCGUCAUAAAAGGUUUUCUAUACCGCGUGCACAAGUACGUCGUAUCGAAACAGUACCUCGAAAGCCUAGCGGCCGGAAGGCGCGAGGUAAGAAGCGAAGACGAAGAAGAAGACGUACUACUCAGAUAUGCCGACGGCUGCCACUGCUUCGACCAGAUCAUCACCGAACAGAACAUGACGGAUGGCGAGAUCAUGAGAAAACUCCGGAGCUUGGAGCCUGGAGACCGUACGGUGUUUUAUCGUUAGAAUUUACGCAGACAUGGGAUGGUUUGCUACUGCUAUUGCUAGGGGGUAAACAUAGCGGCAUGGAGGGCUAAGCAAGGUUAUUUCUCUACCUAAUAGGUAGCUGUGGUUUCUAUUAUCCUCAUCAAAGGGUUUGGCGAUGACGAGAUACUGAAUAACGUGUUAGAUUCUAGGGUAUAAGUAGUU